AUGUCUGCUAAUUCUGUCGUCUUCCGUGGUCCUUUUUUCUUAACAGCUGCCCAACUCCUAGGAGGUGUUGUAGGAGGAGGAACAUCAGGAGGUGGUGGUGGUGGAUUGCUCCCCGGUACUGAUCUUAAUGUAGGAGGAACACCAGUAGUUGGAGGAGGUGGAACAGGAGGUGGAACAGGAGGUGGAGGAACCGGCGGUACUGUAGGAGGAACACCAAUACUGGGAGGUGGUGGUGGUGGAACAGGAGGCGGUGGAACAGGCGGCGGUGGAACAGGAGGUGGUGGAACAGGAGGCGGUGGAGGAGGAUUUCCUGUCACUACAACAACAACCACAGGAAUGCCCGUCACUACCACCACCACUACCACCACCACCACCACCACUACUACCCCAAUGACAACAACGGGUGUACAUGGGUGCGUUACAACUUCUGCUACCACCAAGGAUGAUGUGACCCUCAGACCCUGGGAAGUUGCGAUGAUUGUUCUGGGCUGUUUAUUUGGAGGCAUGCUGAUCUUUGGAUUAAUGUGCAUGAUCUGCUACUAUCUGAAGAGAAGAUGUCCAGUACAGCAGAGUACCUGUGUAACAACAGGAAGUUACAUCCCUCAUUCUGUACAAUGUGGACGAUGCUGA